CGUGCGCACCGGGCGUCUGUCCUUCUCCACCUCACCGAGCAGUCGUGUUAGAUUAAAGCGGAGAUUCACCGGCUGUGUUUAACACUCAUUUUAAAGAAGAAGAAAAUAAAAAUGGACCCGCUGGUUGCUGCUAUUGAUCAGGGCACGAGCUCCACGAGGUUUCUGGUGUUCAAUGCAAAAACAGCUGAACUGAUCAGUCACCACCAAGUAGAGAUCAACCAGAGUUUCCCCAAAGAGGGAUGGGUGGAGGAGGACCCGCGGGAGAUCAUGCAGUCUGUUCACGAGUGCAUCGAGAGGACCUGCGAGAAGCUCUGCAAGCUCAACAUCGACGUCUCCAACAUCAAAGCGGUGGGAGUGACCAAUCAGAGAGAGACGACCCUGGUUUGGGACAAAGACACCGGCGAGCCGCUUUACAACGCCAUCGUUUGGCUGGACCUUCGUACUCAGUCGACGGUAGAGAGGCUCAUUAACAAAGCUCCGGGAAGAAACAAGAACCACCUCAGGCAUAAAACAGGCCUUCCCAUCAGCACUUACUUCAGUGCAGUGAAGCUGCGAUGGCUGCUGGACAACGUGGACGAGGUGCAUGAGGCUUUCCUGAGCCAGCGUGCCAUGUUUGGCACGGUGGACUCCUGGAUCAUCUGGUGUCUGACAGGGGGAAAGAACGGCGGGGUCCACUGUACAGACGUUUCAAACGCCAGUCGCACCAUGCUCUUCAACAUUCACACCAUGGACUGGGAUCCUGAACUCUGCAGGUACUUUGACAUCCCGAUGGAAAUCCUGCCCAGCGUCAGAAGCUCGUCUGAGAUAUACGGCUGGAUGAAAUCCGGCUCACUUGCAGGAGUUCCAAUUUCAGGGUGUCUCGGUGACCAGUCGGCUGCUCUGGUUGGUCAGAUGUGCUUCAACGAAGGCCAGGCCAAAAACACGUAUGGGACUGGCUGCUUCCUGCUCAGAAACACAGGCACCAAGCCUGUGAUCUCAGACCACGGCCUGCUCACCACAGUUGCCUACAAACUGGGAAAAGACGAGCCGGCCUGCUAUGCCCUCGAGGGGUCGGUGGCCAUAGCAGGGGCAGUGGUACGGUGGUUGAAGGACAACAUGGGGAUGGUGCAGUCGUCCUCAGAGAUCGAGAAACUGGCAGCAGCAGCAGGAACGUCGUACGGCUGUUACUUCGUGCCGGCUUUCUCCGGGCUCUACGCGCCCUACUGGGAGCCCAGCGCAAGAGGCAUCAUCUGUGGGCUCACACAGUUCACCAACAGGAACCACUUGGCAUUCGCUGCUCUGGAGGCCGUCUGCUUCCAGACCAGAGAGAUUCUUGAUGCAAUGAAUCAGGACAGCGGGGUCCCUCUGACGCAGCUUAAGGUGGACGGAGGGAUGACGUCAAACAGAUUACUGAUGCAGCUGCAGGCCGACAUCCUCUGCAUCCCUGUAGUUCGACCCACCAUGUCCGAGACCACAGCUCUGGGUGUAGCCAUGGCGGCGGGGGCAGCAGAAGGCGUAGGAGUAUGGAGCCUGAGUCCCGGUCAGCUCCCACAUGUCACAUCUGAGAGAUACGAGCCUCAGAUAAACCCUGAGGAGAGCGAGUACCGCUUCGCUCGCUGGAAGAAGGCCGUCCAGAAAGCCAUGAACUGGGAGACCACAGAGCCCUGCUACAACGGCAGCGGUCACUCGCAACUUUAAACUGUGUGGAGCCACAUUUUGGUGGGAACAUGAAGAUUGUGGAGUACGAUGAAGACGGGACUGGCAACUGCUCGAUCCAGCCUGCAGUCAUCUUCAGUGAUAUGCAGCCUCUCAAAUGCUCUGAACAUCCAGCGAGCUUUUCACAAAGAACGACGCCACAUGCAGCCAGGAACUGUUUUUACACCAUCCAGUUAAAACAAACAUGCCUUCAACACAGAGACUGCUGUAACUCCUCACUGCACCCAAAGGGAACCCUGGACUUUAUUUUGAAUGUGUUCUGUAUAUGAUGUUAAUGUCUAACCCCCAAACACGGAACAGAAGUCACUCAUGGAGGAGACGAGUACACACACACAUUCACACUCAGUGUGUGAAUGACUGAAUGUAGUGUGAAGCGCUUUGGGGUCCUUAAGGACUGAGUAAAGCGCUAUACAAAUGCAGGCCAUUUACCAUUUUAAGUCAGAAAACAGUCCUUUAAAAAAAGAAAAUUCGUUGUAAUUUACUGCACUUCAAUAACUACAAUCUGAAAGCCAGCUAAUUCUUAACAGCACUUUAUAAUUUAUCCUGUUUGUGGAAAACAUUUUUUUAAUCAUUUUUUGAUGUUUUGAAGAAACAGGACUUUGACUCAUUUAUAAUUAAUUAUUACACUUGAUGACCUUUGAAGAUCUGAGCUGUGGCACGAGCCAUAAAUACCUGGAGGCUCAUUUUCCAUGAGAAUAAAGCUUCUCCUUUGUGAAAGGGGGAAACGUGACGACUGUUAAAUCCUGCUGAUUUUUUACUGCUGUUUGAACCCUCAAAAAGUUGUACA